AUGGUACCACAGGACCACAACAUGAGCCGCUACCUGCGGGAGGGCCCUGUGAUCGAGAAGAACCUGCUGCACUCGUGGGCGCAGGCGCACAACACGUACUACGACAUGGUCUCGGAUUGCGUGAAUCAGUGCAUCCUCGUCUCCGGCGAGUCCGGCGCGGGAAAGACAGAGGCGACGAAGAUUGUGAUAAAGUACCUCGCGCAGGUGUCUUGUUUGGAAGGCACCGAGGCGGAACGGGCGGCGAGCCUGCAGGUGGGGGAGAAGUUGGGGGCCUGUUCGCCCAUCUUGGAGUGUUUUGGGAAUGCCCGAACCCUUUGCAACGACAACAGCUCCCGCUUCGGCAAGUUUAUGAAGGUGAAGUUUAACGCAAAGGCCCAACUCGUCGGUGCAGAGACGACGAAGUACCUGCUGGAGAAAUCCCGCAUUGUUACCGCGGCGGAGAACGAGCGGGUGUACCACAGUUUUUACCUGCUGGUACGUGGAGCAAUGCGCAAGACGCUGGAGCUUGCAAGCGAGACCGCGUACACGAGUCUGAACGCAGGCGGGUGCCUGCACAACUCGGAGUACGACACGGCUGCAGACUACAAUGACGUCGUUGGUGCCAUGAGGAAGAUUGGUAUGCGGAAGGAGGAGGUGCACUCCGUCUGGGCGUGCGUGGGUGGUAUUCUCUCCUUGCUGAACGUCAUGUUUGACGCGGAUGGCGAGGGGGCGCAGGUGCGGCAGGCAACUGAAAAGUACCUGAGGGACGCCGUGCGCCUUUGGCGCGUUGACGAGGCAGCACUGCGACAAGAAAUGGUGGCCACGACGCUGAUUGUGCAAAAAACCGAAACUAUCAAGCUACUGCGGCCUACGCUCGCUGUCGACGCACGUGACGCUCUCGUGAAGGCCUUGUAUGACGGCCUUUUUGGCUGGCUCGUCGACAAGAGCAAUCAGAUAUGCGAUGUUGCGGCGGAAGGAAACUGGAUUGGUCUCUUGGACAUUUUUGGGUUUGAGAACUUUACGAGGAACAGCUUUGAACAGCUCUGCAUCAACCUGACGAACGAGACACUCCAAAAUCACUACAACAAGUACAUCUUUGAGAAGGACAUGGACGAAUGCCGCGAGGAGGGCAUUGACGUCACCGCGGUGACGUGCCCUGACAACGCCCCAUGUCUGCGGCUUAUCGUAGGCAAGGGCGGUAUUCUUGCCCUGCUGGACGAGGAGUGUACUCUCGGGAAGGGCAGUGAGCUUGCCUUCCUUGAGAAGCUACACCAGGCGCACACAGGAAAAAGUUCCUUCUUUGAAAAGAAGAAAGUGAGUCGUGACACGUUCAUCAUUCACCACUACGCCGCAAGCGUCACGUACAAUGUUGAUGGCUGGCUGGAGAAGAACCGAGACACGCUCAAAGACGGGGUGAAGCGCUUGAUGCGGAAUUCGAAGGACCCCCUCAUCCGGGAGCUUCUGGAACCUCCACUUCCACCUGAAACGCGCAGCAAGCGACUGACAGUUGGCGCCUUCUUCAAAGGACAACUUGCAGCACUUAUGGAGGUGAUUAACAGUACCAACCCGCACUGGAUUCGCUGCAUUAAGCCGCACCCGGCAAAAAAGCCAUUAAUGUUUGACGGGGUGCAAACAAUGCGGCAGCUUGAGUCCAGUGGGGUGUUGGGAACGGUGAAGGUACGCAAGGCCGGAUACCCGGUGCGAAACCUCUUUGAUAAGUUUAACGCGCGCUACAUGAUUAUUAUUGGCAGUAAAGCUCAGGGAAGGAGUGGUCGUGAAUUAGCGCAGGUGAUUCUUACCGCGUGCAAGGUAAACAACAAGAUCAUGGCACAGCUCGGGAAGACGAAGGUGUUUAUGAAGGCCGAGGCGUUUCCCAUCAUGGAACGCCAGAGAAACGAGGCGCUUGCAAAGUUUUGUCUUCGGCUGCAGAGCUGCGGACGCGGCUACCUUGCGAGGGUACGCAGCAAUCGCGAAAAUUGCGAAAGAAUGUGCCGGCGACUUGCCCUGCUGCUCACAAGCGCGUACCGUGCGUACAUGAGGCGUUCUGCCGCGUUGCGGGAGGCAAAGGCGCGCUGGCGCAAGGAACAGCAUGUAUUGCUUUGUCAGCGAACUGCGGCGUUGUACGAGGAGUGUAGGGAGGAAAAGCGGCAACUUUACCGCGAGGCGCUUCAGUCAGAGCAAACAAUGCAUUUGGAGCUAAGGAAACAGUUUGAACUCUGCAAAGCACAUGAGGCAGCAGCUUGUGUUCGAAUGCCAGAAACUUUUUGA